AUGGCAGGCAGAGUGCUCAGGCUCUUCAGGGUGCUUCGGGGGAAGAAAAAGAAAGGGCCUGCAGCCUCCGCAGUGCAGCAGCCUGCAGAGCCGGAGAAGUUGCAGCCAGUGCAGGACGAUGCGGGCAAGGAUGGGACACUGGAGCAGGACCCCACUCACGGCUGCUUCCACAGACCAGCGCAGAUACUGCGGAGGUUCCUGGGCCUUGGGCGCAGAAACACCAGCGCCGCAACAACCGAGGGCAUAGGCGAGCUGCAGGCAGAGGCUGAUGUCACCUCAGCCUCCCCGGAGCAUGCAGCAGACUCUGUCAGGGCAGUGGCUGAGGGCAGGCCGGAGGCUGUCAUGGCUCUGCAGGGUCUGCACUUGAACAAGCACAGUGCCAGUGCCCUGUCGGUUGUGUCCAGGCACCUGCUGAGCGAGUGCGGGGACAGGCUGCACCCAGAGCUCAGAGGCCACGUGGAGCUCAGCAAGGAGCCCUCGCUGAACAUCAAGGUAGAACCACAAGCAGAGCUGCCUGAAUCUCAGAGUGACAUGGCAGUGAAGAGAAGGAAUGAAGACAUCCAAGAGGAGAAGAAUCUCCCUAUGCAGAGGGACAGUCAACAAAAACAGGGCAGUCUCUGCCACACCUUCCUGACAUCAACUCAUUUCUUCUCUCAGAUCUACACCAACUCUGACACUGAAGCUGCUGCAGCAUCGCCGUCCCAAGGAGCCUUUGCUCCCCAGCCAAAGACGUGGAGCCUGAGCACUUGGUUCACCUCCCAUGCUGACCCAGCUGCUGCUCUGCAACUGGAGAUGGCAGGGAGAAUGGUGAAGACAGAAAAUCCUAUCAUCAAAUACAUUGAACUGGAAAGUAUUGGCAGUGGGAGUUUUGGUGAUGUUUUUAAAGCACUCGACACUGCCACAGGAGGAGAGGUGGCCAUAAAGAAAAUAAAUCUUCAAGGACCGAGGAGGAUGGAACGAAGUGUUAAUGAAAUCCAAAUCAUGAAGAGGUACAGGAGUCCCAAUGUUGUGAAUUUUUUAGACAGCUACCUUGUGGGUGAGGAACUCUGGCUGGUGCUGGAGUACAUGGACGGAGGCGCCCUGAGCGAUAUCAUCAGCACGACCGCCCUGUAUGAAGAUGAGGCAGCAGCCAUCAGUCGGGAGUGCCUGCAAGGACUGGAUUUUCUGCACUCGAACCACGUCAUUCACCAAGAUGUGAAGAGCAGAAACAUCCUUCUCAAAACCGACGGUUCUGUCAAGCUGGGUGAUUUUGGCCUCUCUACUCAGCUCAUCCCUGAGCAGAGCAGACGGUGCUCGGUAGUCGGGACUCCUUGGUGGCUGGCGCCAGAAGUGCUGACAGGUCAACCAUAUGGUCCCAAAGUGGACAUAUGGUCUUUUGGAAUUGUGGGGAUUGAAAUGAUCGAACAAGAACCUCCCUACUGGAACCAAAGUCCCAUCAUGGCUACACAACUGAUAGCCACAGUAGGGACACCACGGCUGCAGCAGCCCAACCGAUUCUCGCCUUGCCUGCGUGACUUCCUGAGCUGCUGCCUGCAGAGAGACGAGGAGCAGCGCUGGUCUGCCAGGGAGCUCCUGCAGCAUCCAUUUGUAACAUUUGCUGAGCCUGCGUCCAGCCUGGUGCCGCUGAUUGUUUCAGUGAAGAAGAGGAGCGAGACAAGAAUGUGA